UGAUGGCGAUUUACAGUGUUUACAUCAUUAACAAAGCCGGGGGGUUGAUAUACCAGUACGACCACUCCGGCGCUAGACCCGAGGUGGAAAAGACAUUUAGCUACCCUCUUGAAUUGGUGCUUAAGGUUCAUGAUGAGAAACUUGUCGUAGCAUUCGGAGAAAGAGAUGGGAUCAAAGUUGGACAUACUUUACUGUCCGUGAAUGGUGUCCCAGCAGAGGGACGCUUUUUGAAGAGUGAUGGGAGAGAUAUUAUGGAUAUUAUUGCUGCAGAAGAAAAUUUCCCCAUCAAUCUCAAGUUUGGGCGAACAAAACUGACCACAAAUGAGAGAAUUAUGUUGGCCAGCAUGUUUCAUUCGCUGUUUGCCAUUGGAUCUCAGCUGUCUCCAGAGCCAAGGAGCUCCGGUAUAGAAGUCUUGGAGACUGAUGCUUUCAAGCUGCACUGUUUCCAAACCAUGACAGGUAUAAAGUUCAUCAUCUUGGCUGACCCAAGACAGAUGGCUGUGGAUGUACUUCUAAAGAAACUGUAUGAAGUUUACUCCGACUUUGCUCUCAAGAAUCCAUUUUACUCUCUGGACAUGCCCAUAAGGUGUGACCUGUUUGACACUAAUCUACAACAGGCAAUAGACCAAGCUGAGAGACUUGGUGUCAACAAUAUAUGAUCAUCUGUUGAAAUACUUCCUCUCAAUCCAAGGGUUAAACAAUAUCUAUUCACCAAUGAGUAUCAUGAAAGAGUCUAGUAUAGUAUAAAAAAAAAGAAUUUUAAAGAAAGCUUUUCUAGAAAUCAAAAGAUGUUUUUACAUCAACCCGGCUGUAGAUUCUAGUUCUAUCUUAGCUAGCAAUCAGUAAAUAUUGAUGGGCUUUUUUCAGGCGAGUCUAGAACACCAAUUUAAAAAUAUUGAGAGAUUUAAAGUGUUCUCAAAAUUUGAUCAAGUACCACAGGAAAAGCACAAAUCCAAGACUCAAAUUUCAGAGUCCAAAAACUCUCUGGGCAGUAAUAAUAUUUGUGCUGUAAUUAAGUAUGUCAGAUGGUUUAGAAUUGGUGGCAGAUUUUAUUUUCCUCCAUUAAUUUUGUGAGACAUGGAACUGUGCAGAUUUGUUUAAUCCUUGUAUAGAUAAUUUAUUUCUCACACUUGAUCUCACAAGUCAGGUCUGAAAUGAUUCACACAAUAGUUUAUAUCAAAGAAGAUGUACAUCUAAAACGGACCCUAAGUUAAGUAAGAUUGUAUUUGCUGGAACAACAAGGUGAUCAUUUUAAAAUGAGUGUGAAGGUCCUUUUUUCUUUUCAUGUAAAGAAUUUAUCAUUUUCAUUAAGAGAGAAAGAUAGAGAAAGAGAGAGAGUGAGAGAGAGAGAGAGAGAGAGUGAGAGAGAGAGAGAGAGAGAGAGAGGGUGAGAGAGAGAGUGAGAAAGGGUGGAGUAAAUUUGAAAUAGAUAAUGUAAUCUAUCACCUCUGUGUGAUGAAGACAGAAAGAUCUUGGUUAGAGGCUGGCAUAUUCCAGCUGGAGCAUGAAGCUAUGUUAAGUGAUAUUCAUUUUAAUUUUAUGUCCAUUAAACCUUUAUUUCUGUUUUGAUAUAAUGUGAAUUUUCUUAAAUGCUUAUUUCUUAAAUAAGGUAAAUAUUCUCCAGAAGGAAAACACACAGUGCUCAUAUCUCAUCACAUCAUCAUUAUGAAAAAUUGAACUUCUAAAUAUAUUGGUUAUGAAACUUUAACAGAAGACAACACUUCCUCAUAUUCUAAAUAUGAGAUUGAGGUACUCGAUGCUUGGUUUUGUGAACUGUGGAAAAUAAAAUAUUUGAUUUCCUGGCUUACUGUUACAUACAGAGGAUGAACACUCACUUAAACAACCUCCAUACUUUAUGGAUAAUUUCAAAUUAUCUCAAUUUGAUGAAGAACCACCAUGUGCAUAAUUUCCUUCCAUGAAGUCAAAUUCAUACUUGAAACAUACAAGUUGCUUCUUUGAUUUUAAGUAAGCAUUUAUUUAUGACACAGAUUUAACUUUUUAGAAUCUGAAAAUUUAUCAGACACUUAAAAGAUAAAAUCUUUUUAAAAAGUUA